ACAGACAGACAGACCGGAUCAUGUGACAGCAACAGUUUCUAAACGACAAAACCGGAGAGAGAGAGAGAGACACACACACACACACACACACAGAUAGAGAGAAAGAGACAGGGAGUUUCGUAACUUCGGGAAGUUUUGUGGAGCCAUCGAUCAGUGGACUCUUGUUUUUUCUCUCAUGUCAGUGACACAGCGGAGCGCUGCCGAUCGUCGCCUGCGUCACUUUUUCACCGGAGUUGCCUCAGUAGAGUUUCAGAGGGAGCCUCUGCCGUUCAGCAAGGCAGCUGUGAAACUACCGUCUGCCCUCCUGGAAUAGAUCUGUACAAACCAUCUGAGAAGAGCCUGGCCUGUGCAGCCAUGCUGAUGUAUGACUACCCUCUGAAGACAGACAUGGAGACGUCAUUCUACUCUUCGUUAGUGAAAACCCCGGAGCCAUACGGAGUAAUCUUCUCCCAUCCCGCCCACCUCUACCACCCCACGCACAUGCACACCUUCACUCAGUCCCACACCCCCACCAACCCCACACACACCCAGCUGGAGCCAGUGGACCUGUCAGUCAGCAAACGUUCCUCCUCCACCUCCUCUUCCUCCUCCCCUCCCUGCUCCUCCGCCUCCUCCCCGGCCUCCUCACGCAGCUCCCCGCCUUCCCCCUACAGCUCAGCGAGCCGUGCCUCCCCGCGCUGCUCCCCCCCACACUCCCAGCUGCGCUCCUCCCCCUCCCACGCUCUCCCGCCUCCCACUCCCUCACUUCCUUACCCCACCAUGGUGGGUCCUCUGAUCGGCUCAGGAUCUGGAGUCAUCCAGGGGUCGGGGGUCAUGGUGUCUCCAGUCAUGGUGCCUCUGUCUGUCCUCUACCCCUCGCCUCUCCACCUGCAUCAGCCCAUAAUGGUGAGCCCACCUGUCGCCAGUGACGACGACCAUCAUCGAAGCAGGGAGCACAAGUCAGUUCACUGUGGCGACGCCCACGACCUGCACAAGCCAAUCAAAACAGAGCCUCGCUCGGAGCUCGCUCAUGACCUCGACAGGAGCCACGAGAUGAAAUCAUCAGUCAUCAGGAUACCACACGAAUACGGGGGUAACAACCCGUCAGUAAUAGUCCAUUCAGGUGCAAAGCAUCCUCUCCCCGCUGAGUCUCCGGACACACUGAAAAAGCGUCGAAUUCACCGCUGUGACUUCAGUGGCUGUAACAAAGUGUACACCAAGAGCUCCCACCUCAAAGCACACCGCAGGACACACACCGGUGAGAAACCCUACAAGUGCAUGUGGGAAGGCUGCACGUGGAAGUUUGCCCGUUCAGACGAGCUGACGAGACACUUCCGCAAGCACACAGGAGUCAAACCGUUCCAGUGCCCCGACUGUGAACGCAGCUUCUCCCGCUCUGACCACCUGGCUUUGCACAAGAAACGCCACCUCCUGGUGUGAAACCAUCCACCCGGGCAGCUUGAAAGUAACUUGGUGCUGCAUUAUACAUUGGACUGUACCACUUUGACUUGAGGGGGGGACUUUAAAAGAGCUGGCCUUACACGUUGGACUUCGACAGGGAGUGGGGAAAUGUUCCUCAGGGUGCAAGUUUAGACUUUUUCACCUCAUUAGCCUGAAUAUGAGCUGGUGUCAGCCUAUUAGUCAUGUAACACCAUCUUGUUUGCAGAUAUAUCAUCAGCUCACUUUGACAUAAUAAUACAAAUAAGGUUGUUGCACCACACCUCUGAUCAGCUGUGGAAGGUCCAGACACUUUUUUUAAAAAAGAGGCUGCAGCAUCUCAGCUGGCCUGAGAGCAGCGCCCUCUUCUGUCCACGGAACCAAACAGCAGUGACACCCGCUCAUGUGGCAUGCUCAAGCUUCUCUUUGCAACAUCAGCUCUCAUUUCUCUGCAUGCAUUCAAGUAAAGAUUAUGGACUUAAACUCACACAUGUUAUUUGCUAGCUAGGCCAAUAUAAUGUGAAACUUUCCAGAAUGUAUCGUAUCACACCUA